AAAGAAAUUAAUUCAACCAAAUCUAAAUAAAACCAACAACAAAGAAGAGAGGAAAUGGUAUCGGACUCCGACAUGGCAACAGCGGCUCAACAGCUUAUGCAACUUAGCGAUGAAGAUAAGUACAAUGAGAUAACUUCUGCAAAGAUUGAAGAGAUUUUUGGGAAAGAAGAAGAGAUUUUGAGACCAAUUAAGAAGCGGAGGUAUCGGUUCCUUGAAAGUAUUUACAAAGAGACAAAGCCUAUUAAGGUUAGCUAUGGCAAGAAUUUAUGGUAUUCAACAAAACCCUAAUGGGUUUCUCUCUAGAAAUGUCAAAUCUAAUCAGGCUAAUCAAAUUUAGUACAAAAUUUCGUAAAGAGUGAUUAGUAUUUUUUUUUUUUUUGCCUUGCUUUUUGGGAGUAGAAUUAUGCUUCUUGAUCAUUGUUUUCUUCUGGGUUUGGGUCAUAAAUCAUGAUCAUGAAGCUUCAACAGACUUUUAAUAAUUUUUAUGUUUUACUUUUAACUUUUAAUUAAGUUUUGGAUGACCCUAGCUAGAUUCAAUUUGCUUAAUAUUAUUGGUUAACAUUUUUCAGGAGUGAGAUUGGAAAAGUGUAUAUACAUUUUGUUGCUGAGUAAAGGGUACUGUUAGAUAAUCAAAAAUUAAUUGAGCGGAAAGUUCAGCAGAGUUUAGCAAUGGCUGCCACGCACAUUCACCUGUUAUUCUUGUGUUUGGAUUGAUUAUCAUUUUAGGCGGGAUCCUCUUAUCCAACAUCAAAUUCUAGAUAAUUUAUUACUUAUAUUGCAUGUGGGAGUCUUAAAAAUGAACUCCUUUGAUUUUGGAAAACUAUUUUUUCCAUUAUAUGUUAAUUAAUAAUGAUUUAAUGCCAUUAAAGAUUGAGAUAAGGGAUGAAAGGGAAACAUCUUUUUCUUUUUCUUUUUCUUAUUUGCUUUGAGAGUGUGAAGGAGAUAUUUUCACUAGUUUUUAUUAAAUGAAGAUGAAGAAUCUAAUGUUGCAUACAUAAUUGAACUAAAAAUCAUGCUUUAGAUUUCUAAAAACAAAAAAUCAUGCUUUAAAAGUUUAAAAAAGAAGUGUCAAAUUUGGAGCUGAAACUAAUUGUUGAGACAUCAUAUUAAUUCUCUGUUCUUUUCUCUCAAACUUAUAAUCUAAUUAAUUAACCUGUAUACAAUUUUAAGUAAGUAUAUUCAAUAUUCUCCAAUUUCAAAGAAAAGAACUCAAUUUAUACAUAAUUGUUCAAUUUAUAUUAAAACAGCAAUAGCAUUAGUGAUCCGAGUAACAGAUCUACUUG